GCGGCGAGCUGCUCACCUCUUAUUCUCCAGUAAAGUCCUCCCUCUCGUCUGGACGAGCACGUUGAUAAACUCCAGGAGGUGAAUUAAACUAAAGAAGAACACAAACUUGUCUACUAGAAGCGGAGCAAAAGGAUUUUACGGCAGAAACCCCGGGACCAGAGCCCCUCUUUCUGUGGGCAAAGGCGGCUGAUUUUUUUUUUUUUUUAAACUGCAACCGCAAAAAUGAAUCGGAGCUUUAAUAAGUCGCAACCUCUGCGAAAUGUGGAUUGUAACGCCGUGGAAGUGAAAAGCAAGUAUGGGGCAGAGUUCCGCCGGUUCUCUGUGGACCGGGUCAAGCCCGGCAAGUUUGAGGAGUUCUACAAACUCAUUCUGCACAUUCACCGCAUCGCCAACAUGGAGGUGAUGAUUGGCUACGCUGACGUCCACGGAGACCUGCUGCCAAUCAACAACGACGACAACUUCUGCAAGGCGGUGUCAACAGCUCAUCCACUCCUCAGGAUCUUCAUACAGAGACAAGAGGAGGCCGACUAUGCUAACUUUGGCAUGAACACAAUAACACGCAAGAAGAAGGCAGUGGUCGCACUGCGCAACAACGACGUCAACCGCAAGCGGCCACAGAUCCGCAUUGGCAUGCCUCAGGACUUCCGCCCCGUCUCCUCCAUCAUUGACGUGGAUAUCUUACCUGAAUCUCACCGUCGUGUCCGUCUGUAUCGUCACGGCUCAGACAAACCCUUGGGUUUUUACAUCCGAGAUGGAACCAGCGUACGGGUGACACCACAUGGGCUGGAGAAAGUCCCCGGCAUCUUCAUAUCCCGGCUGGUGCCUGGAGGGUUGGCAGAAAGCACCGGACUGCUGGCAGUUAACGAUGAGGUCCUGGAGGUAAACGGCAUCGAAGUGACUGGAAAGUCCUUGGAUCAGGUAACCGAUAUGAUGAUCGCCAACAGCCACAACCUGAUCGUGACGGUCAAGCCGGUGAACCAGCGCAACAACGUGGUCCGCAGCAGCAGGAUCUCAGGCAGCUCAGGUCAGUCAUCUGAUAGCAGCGGAUCGACUGGUUACCCAAGUUUGUCUGUGGCCUCAGUGGGAGUGAUGUCCUCUGGAGCACAUGGGUACCAAGACGACCUGGAGAGUGACGAAGAGGCAGAUAUCGUCAUUGAAAACAGCCUCAAGCGGCCGUCUCAGAGGUCCAAUGCUUCCCUGGCGUCCAGUGUUUCUCGCACACAUCAGCAGCCACCAACAACAUUGUCAGGCCCGGCAGCACCUCCCAGCCCCCCCACACGUCCUUCAUCGGUAGUCUCAACUGCCUCCUUCCACACCCAGCCGAGCCUUAACGGAGGGUCCCACCACCACCACCAACACCACCAACACCACCACCACCAACAACAACACAGCAGCCUCAGCUACCAGCUCCACAGAGACCUGAACCUUCAGCACCAACAGUCCCAGCACAGUCACCACCACGUACAGCCUCCGCAUCACAGUAGUAACCCAGCCCUCCGCCACAGCAACGGCAGCCUGCACAAAAUCCUCAGCUCUCUGAAAACGGACCCACGAAACAGUCUUGCGCUGCCCAGGGGAGGGGUGGAGGAGGAUGGCACCGUCAUUACCCUAUAAUACUGAUAAACACACACUCAGAGACAUAAACAUCCCAAACUGCUCAGAGACUUAAACUGGAACAGCAGGCCGGAUACAUAUGAGCGCAAGUGAGUUUUGUCAGAUACUAAUUUUGUAACUUCUGUUUGUUUUUUUUACAAGAUAAUUGAUAAGAAGAAGUUACAAAACCAGGAAACAAGGAAAAUGUAUUGUAUAUAUUUCUUGUAUUUUUAAAGUUGUUUUUGUCUUACAUGAAAAGAUUUGUACGUAUGUAUGUAAUAAGCAUCAGAACAAAUAACUGUUUUUAGGCGAGUCCACUGUAUCCUAGAGUUCUGAAUGUGCCUACAGCCGAUAUCUUCUGUUAGUGACCACUUUUAUUAAGAUCCUUUCAUUCUUAUUACUGGGACCAACUUGGGGUUGCUUAUGGAUGUUUUUAAAGAGUAAAUCUAUAUUUCUUAUAUUCUGAUAAAUGCUGUGUAGAGUAUGAUUUUUUUUUAAUAGUUCUUUUAUGCAUUGAUGAUUGUGAUCAAAACCUUGUAUCUGUUCCAAUAAAUU